AAACUGGUUAUCCCUGCCCUUAGACCCUCCCUCCCGGUAAGGAAAAACUCCUAAAAAAAUAUGAGAAUAAAAAUCUAACUUUUGAUGUGAAAAUUAUCAGGAUUCCAUAUAUCUAGAGAAAAUCUUGAUGUUUUCUUUGUUAUUUCUCCAAAUUUAGAAUAAAGUUUAAUAAAGUGAAAAUACUCUGCUUAACUUUUAAAAUAAAUUAAUUACGACCCCUGUGCAUCCACCAACCUGUUACGUAGAUGCAUUUUAUACGUUUGACCCUAAUCAUUUCACUUUGAUCCUCAAAAUUGCUGCAUUUUGCAUAUUUCCUGUUCAAUUUCAGCACAACAGUUUCAAAAUUAUUUCAGUUUUUAGCACAAUCGCUGGGGGAUUUUCACCGGAGCAAAAGUAUUCACAUAAAUUUCAAUAUGCUGCAUUUUUCUGAGUGUCGUAGCCCAUGGGUAAAGUCAUACAUGUCCCAGGAAUGAAUAGACCAAAGAUCUUUUUUUUUUUUUUUAGGAUUUUUUUCUUCUCAAUUUAUCAGUUUUCAGCCAUUUUCAAGCCUGUUUUUAAGAUUUUCCUAUGUAUUUUUUUCCAUUUUGUUACAUAAAUGACAGUUAAAAAUAAAAAAAACUACUCUAAUUUAUUGCGUGUUGUCAUAUUUUGAACUAUUUUUGUGAGGAAUACUUUUUAUUGGGUAUAUCGGGUAAAAAUUCAGCAGCAAAAGUGAUGGUGUAACUUUUUAUAGCAAAAGUGUUCCAGGGUUAAAUGCUUAUCAAACAUAAUUAAUUCUAUCUACUAGUUAUUUCACAUUAAGGUAAGUUUUUUUUUUUUAAAUAUAUGAUUAAUACAAAUGCUGCAGGGGGCCCCUUUUUAAUUUUCACCGGGGGCCCCCAAACUGCUAAAUCCGCCUCUGGAUAAGUGAUGAUAAAAUAUCAAAUUUCAAUCUAUUAUAGUAAACGUACAAUAAUAAUGUCCGCGUUUGAACUCUGUCCACGCGGUAACAAGUGCGGUGUCUUCGUGUCACGUGUUUGAUCAGGAUUGACCGACUAACUUUAUCGCUGUGAUCCAUGAAACUUUCCCCCGGCUCACUUUACUUCCGGUGAGUUGCUUCGCGCGCCAGCUGCGAUGGAAAGCAUUGGAAUCCCAGCUGCUUUGUUUGUAGCGCGAGCCUACUUCCGGUUCUCUAUUAACCUGUUCGCUUCCAAAACGGGAAGUGCCUCUCAUUAAAAAGGACCGCUCUGGCCGCGGGAUGGGUACUCGACGCUGCGACAGGAAUCAGAGAUGCGGGUUCCACAGAUUCUCAUCAUCGUUUUGUGGCUCGCGGCUCUGUGCGCGUGCAAGAAGUGUGUCCGGAAAGAGAAACUGGAUGAAGAGGCGACCAGGACGAUGGCAAGGCGAGGCAUCGGGUGGCACAGCAUCUCCACCCCGAGCUCCAACACCACCGGCUGUCCGGUGGAUCUUUACCAGAACUGGGUCUCUACAGAUGAUGGAAAGAGGUCCAUCUCCCCCUGGAAGUACAGGGAAGUUACAAAAGAGGGAUUUUUUCCCUCCACCUACAUGGAAGCAGAGUGUCUCUGCACCGGAUGCAUACUCGUCAAGGGCAACACAGUCAAGGAAAGCAUGGACUACAACUCCAAGCACCUGGUGGUGUCGCGGUUGUUUCUGAAGCGAGUCCUCUGUAAGAACAAGAGAAACGGCACGGCCGAGAUGUACAAACUGGAGAUUGCUCAAGUGGAUGUAGCAGUGGGGUGCUUCUGCGCCAGGCCCAACAACAAGAAGUGAUGCUGCGUCGAGCAUCGUCAUGCAGUCUGACCUCCAGAUAAGAAGCUCCUUUGCAGCCGACGUGCCUGCAAAUUUAAUGAGUCUUCAAAAGCCCAUCUUUUAUAAUAAAUCUAUUUAUUUUUUAUUUAUUUGAGUCAAGUUGUAGGCCAUCUCGUUCCCUUAACACUAAGUAAUUUUCUGCAUAAUGCAGCUGAGGUUUUACAACCUUUUUAUUCUUACUGAUGCUAUGUCAUCGACAAAUAGCUAUUGUAUAGUUUUUGUUGUUUUAUGCUGACGUGGAUUAUUUAUUGAUAUUCUUUAUUUCUUGAUAAAUGUUGAGACAAAUUGUAACCUAAUGGAGCUGAUUUCUUUCUGUUGAAAGUUUUUGUCAAGUGAAGCUUCUUAGAAGCAAACGAUUCAGUUUAUUUCUUUAUUGCACCAAGAGCGUUUUUUUCCAUGAAGAACGAUGCAAACGUAGAUGUUUGUGGUAAAUCCGAUAGGAAUGAAUGUUUAAUGAUGUAAAAAUAUAUAUAUUAGAAAAAAGGAACAAUUUAAUGCUUUUAUUUAUUUUUUAUAUUUCCAAAUAAAGAUUAAUUGAAAGCAAAAUUAUCUGUUUUUGUGUUUUAAUUAGUUUUUUUUUUUUACGUUUUUCAUCAAAAGUCUUCUCUGAACAAAUUUCUGUAAAAGUGAUGAUAAAUGCGGCUUUGAUUGAGGGAAUUCUGAGAAUAUCAGAUGCUUUUUGACACCAUACAAAUGUUUUUUAUCAAACAGUUUCUAUUUAAAUUGGCCUAAAAUGAGCCCUAAAUCUUUGAUUAGACUUUUACAUUUUUUUCUGAACUAUGUUUGGAUCCCUGUUCUGCUGCUUUUAUAUUUUUCAUCAAAGGCAGAAGCUGGAAUGCCCACAAAAGCAUGAAAUUGACCGGGAGUAGCAUGUUAUUUUGUCUUUUUUUUAUUUAUUUCCCUGUGCACGGUAGUGUAGUGGUUAGCACUCUCAUUUAUGAGAUGGCUCUUGUUCAAAUCCCAGCUGGUGUGGAGUUUCUCCAGCUUCCUUCUAUGGUGGUUUAAACACCAGCUAGGGUGACUCCAGAGCAAAAUCAACAGGUUUAAAAAAUGGAUUUUGUUUCCAGAAAUCGUUUUUAUGCUGAUGAGAGUUCUGCUUGUAUUCAAUAAUACUGAAAAUUUUCUUUUUUUUUUUACUUCCUCAUUAAAUCCUACACAGAAGUAGAGAAAGGGAUUUGGUUUAUUAGGGAAAGUCAGCUGUGUAAACAUUUAAACACAAAAUCU